AUGACAAACCCUAUAACAAAGGAAUACAGAAUCCAUGGAAGUGCAAUGCCUACUGAGGACUGCCCAAGACCCCAGGUAUUUGUGGCAACCAUCUUUACGAAGAACCAUGUGUUUGCCAAGGCAAAGUUCUUCAAGAUUCUUGAGAAGAAGUACAAGAUCAAAGCAUCCAGAGGGUUGAUUAUCAACUGCGAACAGAUUCCCGAGCCUUCGUUCAAGGAGGUCCAGAACUACGGGGUACGAUUUGUCUACCGCAGCAGAAGUGGAAUCCACAACGGAUAUAAGGAAUGCAGAGCAAUAAGCAGGUGUGGGGCUGUCGACUAUGUGUUAAGGGAGCUGGCGGGCAGACACAAGCUAAAGAGAUCUGCAGUGGACAUAAUAGGUGUGGAAGUUGUUCCUGUGGAACAGCUGAAGAGGGCAAAAACCAUGGAGUUUGCCGAUGAGAAUGUCGAGUUUCCUGUCUUUACCAAGAUUCUCAACACCAAGAGUUUACUGAUUCCUGCAGAAUACAAUCCCUCUGAAUAA